UCCAUGCCAUCUCGCUCUCGGCCUCUCUCCCAUGUCCAAUUCUCUCUUUCUCUCUCUCCCUCUCUCGCAUCCACCCACACUCCCGUGUAUCCGCGCGUUUAGUUUACGCGCCACCACUCUCUGUCCGAUCUCUUUCUUGACCCCAACCUCUUCCUUCACCGCCCGCCGUAAAUUUCUCCGGAUACCUUCUCCGAUAAUGAACUCCAACUCGAAACUCGCCGAGACUCAACCAGAGCUGACUCAGCUCGACGACUUGUCCGAUUUCGAGAAGCUCCUGUCACCGAGCGGUCACAUCUCUAUAUGCGGCUUCGGUUCCCUCCUCUCCGAACGGAGCGCAAGAAGUACGUUUCCGAAUCUGUUAAACUUCAGAGUGGCGAAUUUGAACGGAUUUAGGCGCGUUUUCGCUCACGUCGCUCCAAUUUUCUUUGACCGCGGCAUCGCCAAGCUAGAAACCAAGGAGAUAUCAAGCUUAAGUGUAGAGCCUUGUGAAGGGGAGACCCUCAUUGUUACAGUAUUUGAGAUUCAAAAAUCGGAGAUUUCAGCUUUCAUGGAAAGGGAACUCGAGUUCCGAUUUCUAGCUGUCUUGCCUGAAACACUUGAUGGGGAGCCCUUUUCCAAUCCUGCGGUGCUUUGCGCUCGUUAUAGUGAUGAGGAAUUCUUUCAAAUUAGAUGCAAAGGAAGUAAGGACAUUUAUUGCCAGCAUUAUGGUCGAUACAACAUCGAUAAGAUUUGGCGAGAUGAUAUCUUGCCAUGCCGUGUUUAUCUCAGACACUGUGUAUUGGCAGCUAAGAAUCUUAGUGAUGUUGCCUACAACAACUUUGUGGAUCAUACUUUUCUCGGGGACCGAACAACCACCAUCCGAACAUAUUUGGCAACAACGGGAUCAGGCAUCAUGGAAGAGGAGCCUCCGGAAUCUCUCAAAUCUCGCUAUGGUGGUUAAUAUAAAACAAAUUGACAGGCUAUCCCUUUGAAAGGCUGUUGCAUUUUGCCAUUACAAGCUGCAACCAUAUUUUGGUGCUGACCGCCAAAAGAAAAUUGUUUCAAUGAAAUCGUUCUUUGCUUCAUUGUUGCCCCCUUCAACUGGCCUAGGGGCCAAACUAAACAGGGUUGAUUGUAUAACUUUCCAAGUUAUCGUUCAAAGUAUUCUUAUGUCUUUGAGGUGGGAAUUGAAUCCUGUUUCUACAGUCUUAACAUCGAGAAGAAAACUUGGAAGUAUA